GUUGCAGAAUACAUCUACUUUGUGUACAUUUUAUCAAAAAGUAUGCUGGAAUAGAUUUGAUGUGUGCAGAAAUUGAUCUAAUCUUAAUCUUUUUUACCUGGAGAACUGGAGAAUCCUCCUCAUCUGACCGAAUUGAGGGUGGGUAUAUAGAUUCAAGAUUUCUGUCAAACAAAACUAAGUCUUUGUUUCAUUUGUUCCCACCACCUUUGUCUUCGUCUCUGUGUUUCUCAGUCUUUACAGAACGGCUGCAAUCAGAGUUCUCACACUUUUAAACAAAUUUCAGUGUCUUACUGGAGUUUUUGCAACAUUCCUUCACAUUUAACUGUUUAAAUAAUAAUGAGGUCCUGUCGUCUGCAGGUUGCUUCUAGUUUUAGGAGUGUGGAUGGUCAAGAUUCAUCUACUACACCUGGACUUGACAAGGUGCGAUGUGCUGUAUCUCCUGUAGCCACACCCUCUCACUACUGCUGUGCAUCCUCACCCUGACUCCGACGGCAACAGGGGCGGGUCCGGAGACCCUGUGCGGGGCGGAGCUGGUCGACACGCUGCAGUUUGUCUGUGGAGAGAGGGGCUUUUAUUUCAAUAAACCAACAGGCUAUGGGCCCAGCACAAGGCGGUCGCAUGGCAUCGUGGACGAGUGCUGCUUCCAAAGCUGUGAGCUGCGGCGCCUGGAGAUGUACUGCGCACCCGCCAGGACUAGCAAGACAUCUCGUUCUCCUCGCGCACAGCGCCACACAGAUGUGCCAAGGACACCCAAGAUCAGCAACCCGGGACAUCGAGCGGACAAGGGCACAGAGCGCAGGACGGCGCAGCAGCCAGACAAGACAAAAAACAAGAAGAGACCUUCAUCUGGACAUAGUCAACCAUCCUUCAAGGAAGUCCAUCCGAAAAACUCAAGUCGAGGCAGCUCUGGGGGCAGAACUUACCGAAUGUAGGGAAGCAUCGAAAGGACAACACCUUAGGAAGAGAGAAGGGAGUAGCCUUACCUGGUACCCUGUGGAAUGGUUCACUGUAUAACAUAACAAAACGAAGCUAAAAUGGCCUAAAAGCUUUAAAACAGUAGAAAAGUUGAGUUAAAGGGUUGGAUGAGGGUACUUGUGAUCAUCUUAAACACUGCACCAUUCCAUAUCGGGAGGAAAUCUUUGUUAACUCAAUCUAACAGACUAGUUUAGCUGCUAAGACACAAUAAGAGCUUGCUAUACCUCCAUGUUUAAACAGCAACAACCGCCUUCCUUGGCUCCAGAGGAGGUGGGAACGUCACCCAAACAGGAAUAGUUGGUCACAUCCUUUUCACUCUUCUGAUUACUUCUUUGUCACAGCCACAUAUAGCAGUUACUAUCCCUGUUCAAAUUCAAUUUUACCUUUAGCGUUUGUUUUUAUGCACUAUACAUUACUGUGGAUAUGUUGUUUAUCUGAAAGACCAACACCAUGUUGUUUACUGUCGAACUUUUAAACGUUGCUGAUGUUAAUUUCCUUUCCAAGCCCCACUUAAACCAUAAUUUGUAGGUUUUAGUUAGUUUGUUUUUUUUUAAAUCAGCUUUUCAAUUAACCCAGGAUUUCUGACUUCUCAUCUUGUCGUGGUUGUUUAAUAAACAGAAAUGGGUCAGUCAGUGGAUUCAAAGUUCAGCUGGCAUAAAUGAGAGCGCUAAUCAAAUAGUCAAAUCAGCCAUUAUGUUUGUUUUCUGUUAGCUUUUCACAGGUCACCAGUUUUUCCAGAUCUGAUUGUGAAAACUCCAGCUACCUGGAGACAAACAUUUUGUACAAAUCAUGAAUGAUCCGUUUUUUGAAAGUAACUUCUGAGAAUAAGAAAAUUGAGCCAAGACCAAAGAUUAAAGCAAAAACCUAAAAUAUUGGAACUAUAUUGGAAAAUUAACCAUACUGCUGUUUUUUAAAAAUAAUCAUUUUUAUUGGGCUUUUAUAUUAUAAAUCACAACAAAGUUGUGAAAUGGGAGAAUCCUGCAGGUCUGUCAGGAUAUGUCCCUUCCUGCUUUGCACGUCUUCAGACUGACAGUUACAUCAAUUUUACAAUGUUGCCAUUAUUAUGGGUUGUUUUUUUUUAUUAUUUUGAACUUUGACUAGACCAUUCCAAUACCUGAAUAACAAAUUUUUCUGGACAAUAAAUUGCCCACAAAAGUUAUUGCAAUAAUCGAUAAUAUUGUUGUUUUGAGAGGUAGGCCGUUCAGACCGUUUUCAACUAAUAUUAGAACUCAUUUUCAAAAAUCAAUGAAGGAAAAAACUGAAAUAACAAAUAAAAUCAGUAAUAAAGUCUCUAUUAACAAAACUAUCCUUCUAAAAAAGCUGUUAGUUGAGACCAAAGUGAAGACUUGUGUCAUCCAGUUUUUGAAAAACUAUAAAUAAUCCUGGAAAUGAUUAUUUUCAUUUUCCAUUUGUUUAAAUUUAUCAUGCGAAUAAUCAAUUUAUUGCUUACUGCGAUAGGCGUAGCUACACUAAUCUUCCCUUUGACACUGAUUGGUCCACUGGUCCUACAAAAUAAAAGCAUGUACACAAGAAAAAGAACAAAAAUCCCAAAUUUUGUCUCUUCUGACUUACUCACUUUCUUCUACAUGUUUGCUUCAUUCCUUGUGUGGCUUUUGGCAAACUUAAACAGGACUUCUUUCAGAAAUCUCAGUUUCUCUGUGCAACUUUUCCACAAAACAAAUAUUUGUAAAGAGCACGACUAACAGUGACCCUAUCAACAGAUUCUCUGCAGCUCCUCCAGAGGCAUUUCAGAAACUGAAUACAUGUGCACACCACAACUUUCACAUUUUUGUUUGGAAACAUUUAGGAAAAACAUAAUUUUCCCAUUUCUCAAUUCUACUAGUUAAAAUUCCAGUAAAAUGAGAUUUAGCAAAGUUUAGCCUAAUUACCACUCUGAUCUCUUAUUUAGCAGAGGACAAAAAAUUCCCAAUAUUAGUUUUGGCUUGGAUUGUAUAAUUUGAUGCAAUGACAACCAAACAGCACAGCAUCCGUUUCAAAGUCCACUGGGAAGUCAUGCAAAAUAAACUGGUAAACAUUACCAACCAACGUCUGACAGGGGAGAUGCAGAAUUUGCAACAGUACGCAAUUACACUUAUAAAUAAUCCAAAUAUGACCAAGGGUCAGGAUCACCUUCACAAAUUUCACAAACAUGCCAGUUCUGAGAAGUCAUUGCAUGAUAAUUGACAGGAAACAGGUUUUUUUUUUUUUGUUUUGUCUGAGCCUCCCUGAAAACGCCCCAAAUAUGGCUCAUAUCUGGCUCUGUCUCCUCUCUCUGUGUAUAAUCAAACUGUACUCCCAAUAUGUUAACCUAUGUAUUACUAUCACUCAUUGUACAUGAUGGUUUCAUAUAGCAAAACUGUAUUAAAAAUCCUAUCCACUGUAUAAUGGUGCUAUUUUAUAGUUUGGUACUUGCAAAGAGAUGGCUAAGACAGACGAAUGGCAGGGCUUACAUUGGAGGUCUUCCCUUUUGCACAGCCUUGUGGCCACCAUGUUAAUAGUGAUUUUAUUUGUAAGCAGUUUCAAUAGUGGAAGCAAGUAAAUGUAUCUGUGUGAUCUCUGUGAAUGCAUGGAGAGUAAAAUGAGAAAAAAGGAAAGAAAAAAAAAAAAGGAAGGAAAAUGAGUAUACAAUGUUGUGGCCCCAAGAAGGCAAAAUGCUAUUUUUUCUACUAUCCUUAAAUUAUUUUCUCAACAUAAAUCCCUUUUGCCAAAUGUCUUGAGAAAAAUACUGUGAUUCUUCCAGUUGUGUUUAAGCUUGUUAAAGGUCAUGGUGUGCUUUUGUCUGUCCAGUGUGUGCGUGUGUGUGCAUAUGCCUCCCUGGAAGCCAAAGUAUCUAAUAUUAGGGGAACUCAAAGUGGGAUUAUGCAACUUUUGCUUGACAUCCUCUGUUGUUGGUAGAAAGUAAUUGCAUUUUGUUCAUUAUUAUAAUUUUGCCUGUGAUACUUUACUUUUUUUAUAGUUUGCAUGACCAUAUUUAAGUAGUUUAGGUAAACUUCUUAAAAAUUAUUUUCCUUACAAAAUUUACUCCAACUUAACAUGAUUUCGCUGUCCUGAAAAUCAAUCUUUAUUAGGAGGUUAGACAUUUUAUUUUGUAUUAAAAUCCAGAACUUGUACCUGUGAAUGGAUUAGCACCUAAACAUGCUCUGAUUGCAAGAAAACCUAGAACUGGUUGCUCAGCAACAAAGAUGACUAAUAUUAGCUUUAAAAAGAAAAAUAUGUUAACUUAGGCUACCUUCACACUGCAGCCUAAAGUGACCCAAUUACGAUUUUGUUUUUUUGUCAAAUCGUAUUUUUCGGCGUGGUUGUUCACUCUUCCAAAUACAUGCGACUUGGUUGUUGUUUUUCUUCCCGCCUGCACGUAUCAGGACCCAGAAUAGUGAUGUUUGUCGAGUAUCAAUUACGUUCAGGUAGGCCGUUCAGAUUCUGAUCACAUUUGUAAAGAGUGGAUGUAUAUCGGAUAUCUAAGUGGCUCAUGAGACGAUCAGAUACAGGUCGCGUUAAGGCAAAAAAAA